AUGCAGAAGCGAUGUAUUAUUGCAUCAAGGUAACUGGCGAUUUCUGGGGUAGGUAUCUCGAGAAAUAUUUGCGCUACAUACAUAUGCUAUGUACGUAAGUAGAUAUCUUGAACUACCGCUGAAACUAUCAUGGCAACCGUCGUCCCUUCGCUAGUAUUCGAGAAAUCCGCCCUUACCGAUGAUGCAGAGUUUGGACCGGACGAGGAAAGAAUCAGUGAUGCAGUUCCUCCGUUGGGGAAGCCUGAAGCUCGUAAGAAGUUCUGGUUCCAGAAGUCGAAGGACUAUGACCCAGAUGCGAUCGCGACUCAACCUAGCGUUUACGAUAAUCCCGACGUAGCUCCUCAGUAUAAACCUCGCGAUGAUUGGGAAAACAUUCACAGAUUCGACCCAAAAGCGAGAUGGACAUGGGGCGAAGAAAGCAAAGUGAUCCGGAAGAUCGACUGGCGGAUCAUGACCUGGGUAGCAAUAAUGUUCACAGCGAUGGAGUUAGAUCGCGCGAACCUUUCCCAAGCUCUUUCUGACAACUUCAUCGAGGAUAUGGGUAUGACUACAAACGACUACAACCUGGGCAACACGAUCUACGCUCUCUGCUUCCUCGCCGGCGAGUUCCCAGCGCAGCUACUCGCGAAGUGGCUGGGACCCGAUCGAUGGAUCCCAUCCCAGAUCGUGUUAUUCUCUAUCGUCUCUGCAUCCCAGUUUUCGCUUCAAGGACGUCCAUCCUUUCUCGUCUGUCGCGCACUCCUAGCUUUGCUGCAAGGGGGCUUUAUCCCCGAGUGUGUGCUGUAUCUUUCAUACUUCUACAAACACCAUGAACUUACCAUCCGCCUGAGCUUCUUCUGGUCGGGAAUGUUCAUGGCCGAUGUGGUUUCUGCAAUCGCUGGCUUUGGAUUGCUCCAUAUGCGAGGUGUGGAUGGUCACCCUGGCUGGCGGUGGCUGUUCUUGAUUGAGGGGAUCAUCACUGGUAUUAUUGGCCUUAUAUCGUAUGUCAUGAUGCCAGCAGGGCCAACCCAAACAGCAGGCCGGUGUCGAGGAAAGCAUGGAUGGUUCACAGAGCGUGAGGAAAUAAUCAUAGUCAACAGAAUCAUCAGAGACGAUCCAAGCAAGAGCACAAUGCACAACAGACAGCCCAUCACCCCAAAAUUACUCUGGAGAAGUUUGACAGAUGUCGAUCUCUGGCCACUCUACGCCAUCGGGCUCACCUUCAACAUCCCCACCUUCUCGCCACAGCAGUAUCUCACCCUUUCCCUGCGAGGCCUGGGCUUCGACACUUUCCAGACCAACCUCUUGUCAAUCCCGUACUUGGUUUUGAAGAUCUUCAACAUGAUGGCGCUUAGCUUGCUCGCGGAGUACACGCAUCAACUGGCAGCCAGCGCAUCGAUUUUCCAAUUCUGGUGUCUGCCAUUUCUAGUCUAUUUACGGGUGGUGGACACAACGAAGGCAUCGAAAUGGCUGACCUGGGCGAUGAUCUCGUUGCUACUGGCAGCUCCCCUUGGUCAUCCCGUACAAGUCGGCUGGAUCUCCCGGAACGCGAACUCCGUCCGUUCCCGAACUGUCGGUACUGCGCUGUACAACAUGUUUCUACAGGCCGGGGUGAUCAUCUCGUCUAACAUCUACCGCGCGGACGACGCUCCGCUAUAUCGGCGAGGGAAUAGCAUUUUACUAGGUAUCUUGGGCCUGAACCUGGUGCUUUACGUGCUUGCAAAAUUGUACUACGUCUGGCGCAACCGUACCAGAGAGCGGAAAUGGAAUGCCAUGACCCCUGAAGAGAGGCUGGUCUACCUCGCUGACCACCAGGAUGUGGGGAACAAGAGGCUGGACUUUAGAUUGGCAUCCUGAGAUCAAGCCAGGUAGGUUAGGCAUGCCUUUAGUAUACCUAGUAGACUUUUAGCAGUCCAGGGUGUGAAGAUUCAGUGCAGAACCCAAUAUUCAUACAUCUGGCACACACCCCUUAGCAUGCUAGUAGGGAAUCUAGAAUGGGCAAAAACUUGAUCGAAU